GAAGCGCACAAGCCGGUACGUUGAAAAUUUGGUUACGUUGGCGCAUCGUGAAUCUCUCCUAGUUGACUGCGAGAGCUAUUUCAUUUCCAACUAAAAAAAGAACACUGUCCACUGAAACCGCUUAACGCAACGCUAAAUCCCUAUACCCCCCCAAAGCAGGUUAAAUCUGUUUGGCAACGACUAGUAAAGUUAAGUCAUUCACAAUUUUUUUCUGUGUCUUGGUAGCUCUCUUUCAAGCGAGUGGCUGUGAUUAGGUAGACGUAAUAGCACCCAGGCUCUCUGAGUCCCCCAUCUUCUCUUUCAGUCCCUUUUUUUCUAGCUGCCUUUACGGUACACAACACUCGCCAUUUUUUGGCUUUGUCAAGAUGUCCGUUUCUCCCCUCCAAGACCAGCUGACGCGCAUCGAGAAGGCGUACUAUUACCGUCCCGGUAAGAUGGCGGAGGUGCACGCCAUCAGCGGGACGGUGAGUCCACACACCGAAAAGCGUGGCCAUCCUCGUCCGUUCUGCCUCGUCUCUGGCAACGGCAACCGUCCGCUUUCCGAGGCGGUGGCGCUUCUCAUGGGCACCCACACGCACCACACAUCCGUGACGCAGUACGCGAACGGUGAGGUGAAUGUGCGCAUCAACGAGAGCGUUCUGGGGGCCGAUGUGUACAUCAUCCAGAGCACCACCGGCAACGAGAUCAUUGACAUCAACUGCGCACUCAUGGAGCUGCUUCUGCUGAUCCGCAAGAUGCGCCUGAGCAACGCGAAGAGUGUGACCGUCAUCGCCCCCUUCUUUGGGUACGCCCGUCAGGACCGCAAAACAAAUCUGCGAGGCCCCAUCUCUGCCUCCGCGGUGGCGCGGAUGAUUGUCAAGAUGGGUGCCGAUCGCCUCGCCGCUCUCGACCUGCACUCGAACCAAAUUCAGGGCUUCUUCGACAAUGUGCCGGUGGACAACUUGACGAUGGCGCACGAGUUUGCGAGCUACCUGCUCAAGCAGCCGUGGUGGAACGUGGAUCAGGCCGUGAUUGUCUCGCCGGAUGCUGGUGGCGUGGAGCGGGCGAAGCAGCUGGCGGAUAUCCUGCAGGUUGGCCGUAUUGUCACCAUCGUAAAGCGCCGUAUUGCGGCGGGUAAGGUGGACAGAAUGCAAACCGUCGGCGAUGUCGAGGGAUUCACGUGUGUCAUCGUGGACGAUAUGAUUGACACCGGCGGCACGCUCGUGAAGGCGUGCGAGCUGCUGAAGAAUCUCGGCGCGGUGCGCGUUUGGGCCUGCUGCACACAUGGCAUUCUCACAGACCCGUGCUCGGAGCGCAUUAACAAGUGCGAUGCGCUGCAGGAGCUUGUUGUGUCUGACUCCAUCCCGCAGGUGGAGCAUCAAAAGACGAUUCCGAAGCUGAAGGUGCUCACGAUUGCCCCUUUGAUCACUGCUGUGGUGGAUAAGUACAUGCACGAAGGAAGUGUGAGCUCCUUGUUCGCGAAGACGCUAAAUGAACUGUAG